GGACUGAGCAGAAUUGAGAUAUUUUGUAGUUCACAUUCGUUGCCUUUUCCUGUAUUCGGAAUAACGUUUUCCACUAGCUGGCGCAUACCGACCCGGCACGAGUCGAACUUCCAGGAAAAACUCAACCCAGCUAGCUACAGCGGCAACGGCGGUGAUCCGUUCAACCACACCGAUUUCAUCGACUGCCUGGAGGUGUUCCUGAAGGAUCCGGAUACCAAGGGCAUCAUUCUGAUCGGUGAGAUCGGUGGUGUAGCCGAGGAAAAUGCUGCCGAUUACCUAAUGCAACACAACCAGGGUAUCAAAGCAAAACCGGUCGUAUCGUUCAUUGCCGGUCUAUCGGCCCCGCCCGGACGCCGAAUGGGACACGCCAGUGCCAUCAUCUCCGGAGGCAAGGGAGGCGCUCAGGAUAAGAUCAAUGCUCUCGAGAAGGCCGGCGUGAUCGUCACGAGAAGCCCGGCCCAGAUGGGGAAGGAACUGUUCAAAGAAAUGAAGAGAUUGGAGCUGGUCUAAGAAAUGGUACCAAUGGCUCACGCAAAGGCGGGAAAGGAAAAGGAAUCGUGCGAAAAGUGCCCCAAGUGCACCGGCUAAAUAGAUAGUUGUAUUAUGCCAAGUCUC